AUGGAUCCAUUUGACACAAAUGAAAUGAAAGAGAAGGAGAAUAGAUUAUUAAGAAAGAUCGAUUUUAAAAUUGUUCCAUUUAUGCUGCUGCUUUACCUAUUAAGCUUUUUAGAUAGAGUAAACAUUGGAAACGCAAAAUUGGCUCAUUUGGAACGUGAUCUUGGAUUGGUUGGAAGUGAAUUUAAUUGGAGUUUAAGCAUUUUUUUUAUCGGAUAUGUUGUAUUUGAGAUACCAUCAAAUUUGGUAUUAUAUAAAGUUAGGCCUUCAAUAUGGCUCCCAACAAUUAUGAUUGCUUGGGGAAUAACAAUGUCACUUAUGGCUUUUGUAAAAUCAUAUGCAGAACUUUUGAUCACACGCUUUUUCUUGGGAGUUUUUGAAGCAGGUUUAGUUCCGGGAAUAGUUUAUUAUAUUACUUUGUGGUAUAGAAGAUACGACCAAAGUUUUAGAAUGGGGGUUAUUUUAUCCGGAUCAUCAAUUGCUGGUGCUUUUAGUGGAUUAUUAACUUAUGCAAUUGUAAGUCUUACGAAUGAUGAUUCACCUUUAAAAGGAUGGCAAUUGAUUUUUCUAAUUGAUGGUUUAGUUACUGUUAUAGUUGCUAUUAUUGCAUAUUUUUAUAUUGCUGACUAUCCAGAAGAAGCCAAGUGGCUUAGAAAAGAAGAGAGAUCAUUGGCAGUUUUAAGAUUAAAACGUGAUAUUGAUGGAAUUGAAUAUAAAAAAGCUCGAGAACACUCAUUUGAUAAGGUUUAUAUAGUGGAGUGUUUGACGGAUUGGAAAGUGUACAUAUCGAUGCUCAUUUUAUUAGGAAUUAAUACCUCAGUUUAUUCAUUUGCAUUUUAUAUUCCUUCAAUCGUCAAUGGAUUCGGUUUCGAUGAAGGCAAGAUGAGUCUUCGUGGUCCUUUUAUAAUGUCGUUUGCUUCAAUUGCAACUGUGGGAUAUAUAGUUAUCUUGUAUUCUAUAAAUAUGAAUUCUAUGAUUGUGAAAUACAUAGCAACUUGUAUUAUAGCAAUAGGUGCAUCUCCAUGUGGUGUUCUUACAAUUAUAUGGCUGUCAAACAACCUGUCACCACCACUAAAAUGUAACAUAGGUGUUGCAAUGAUGAUAAGUUGUGGUAACUGUGGAGGUAUAAUUGCCGCACAGAUAUAUCGUUCUGUAGAUUAUCCUAAUUACGAACGUGGUCAUAUUAUUGCAUCAUGUUUCUUAUUAGCAGCCAUUUGUUUGUGUGCAAUCCAGUAUGGAACUUUAAUCCGACUUAAUGAGUUAAAAGAAGAGAAGAAACUUAGCAUUAAAACUUCUGGUUAUAAAGGUAUUGAAGAAGAUAAAAAGAUAUUAAGUGAUAGACAUUAUAAAUUUGAAUAUAGUUUGUAA